AUGAGACGAAUCGUCGCAAUUCUCCCACUGUUUGCCCCCGUGCUCGCGGCGAACCGAACCGUCGCGCCCCCUGGAUGCAUCACCGUGUCCAACACCAUCCAGGCCGCCGUCGACGCGCUGUCGACGGCAUCCGCAGACGCGCAGUGCAUAUUCAUCUCGCCUGGGACGUACACGGAGCAGGUGCUGGUGCCGGCUCGCCGAGCGCAGCUGAGCGUGUACGGGUCGACGGCGGACACUGGCGGCUAUGCGGGCAACGAGGUGACUAUCACGAGCAGCAAGAGCCAGGCCGACGGGCUGUCCAACGACGGCUCGGCCACACUGCGUGUCAAGGCGGCCGGCUUCCGGCUAUACAAUGUCAAUAUCAACAACGGCCACGGGCGCGGUAGCCAAGCCGUGGCGCUGAGCGCCUCUGCUGAUAGCGCCUACUAUGGCUGUGCGUUCACCGGCUACCAGGACACGCUGCUCGCCGACACGGGCACGCAGCUGUACGCGCGCUGCCUGGUCCAGGGGGUGACGGAUUUCAUCUUUGGCCAGCACGCGCCGGCGUGGUUUGAGAAGUGCGAUAUACGCGUGCUUUCCGCCUCGAUGGGAUACAUUACAGCAUCGGGGCGGAGCUCCUCUUCGGACCCAAACUACUACGUCUUCAACAGCUGCAGCAUAGCGGCUGCGGCUGGCAGCAAUGUUGCCGACGGGGCCUUCUAUCUCGGCCGCCCGUGGCGGGCGUAUGCGCGUGUCGUUAUGCAGAAGACGUCCAUGACGAGCGUCGUUAACCCAGCGGGCUGGCGCAUAUGGAACGCUGGGGAUGAGAGGACGAGCAACGUGCUCUUUGGCGAGCACGCCAACACGGGUGCCGGAGCAAAGGGCACCCGCGCGCCGUUUGCCACCAAAUUCAGCUCGGCCGUCGCCAUCGAGACGGUUCUGGGGAGUGGGUUCACUGGCGCAGGCUGGUUUGACUCGGCUUAUCUGUGA